AUGAUUUUUUUCCAAUGCCAACCCCCAAGACGCUUCUUACCCAAUGUUUCGAAAUUUCUACGAAAAAGGCGUCUUUCAAUCGUUGACGGAUCACAUCUCAAACGAUUUCACCAAAUACCUUGUGCACGGAGUUCCAAAUUGACAUACAAGUUACAUCCCUUUCUUACUCAGGGUGCAGUACGUAGCAUUACAACGGAAAGCAGUGCGGCUACCAAGAGAGCAUUCAUCCCAUCCGCCGAGCAACAGGCCAUAGUAGAGUUGUGUCGUACACAGAACGUUGUGGUCUCAGCCCGUCCGGGCGCCGGAAAGACGGCCACGGCGGAGGCCAUCGUUGCUGCGGAUCCAAACAAGCCCGUAGUCAUCAUAACGUACUCCAAACGGCUGCAACUUGAUACCGCUCGUCGAUUAUCCGCAUAUCCCGGGAGUGGUACCUUCACGUUCCACGGACUGGCUCGCAAGUUUUUCUCUACCGACGUAUUCAACGACGCUCUUUUGCGAUCAUUAAGGUUGAAGGGGAAUAUACCUGCUUGGACUGGUGACCCUUACGAGAUAGUCAUACUGGACGAACUCCAGGAUUGUACCGACGAUCUCUUCUGGUUGAUCUGCGCCUUCAUUUCAGCUGUAACGCAGGCAGCGGGUGGCAAGACUCCCCAGAUCGUUGUACUUGGCGAUGAACGACAAGCCAUCUAUGAGUUCAGAGGCGCCGACGCACGCUAUUUAAGUCUUUCUUCCGCUGCUAUGAGUUCUCUAUCGCCUUAUCCGUGGACUCACUUGGCUCUCAGCAAAAGCUUCAGAUUAAGUCAUCAAACUUGUGCGUUUGUGAACAACGUCUUUCUGGGCGGCGAGCAGUAUAUUGUCGGUUCGCACAAUGGACCGAAGCCUUUGUACAUAUACGGGGACACAUUUGAUGUAAAUAGCGUCAGCAAAUACCUGCUUCCGCUGAUUCGCAAAUAUGGUCCUGAGCGUACAGCCAUCCUAGCACCUUUUGCCAAAAAGAACAAACAACUUGUCCAGCUAGCCAACUAUUUGUCUGAUAAUGGUAUACUGGUUGCAACGCCCCCCGCUGACGAUGUACCGUUGGAUGAUAAGGUCUUGCAGGGCAAGGUCGCCGUGAGCACAUAUCAUCAAUUCAAAGGGAACGAGCGCGACUUGGUCAUUGUUUACGGGGCUGACGCUGGAUACUUUGAAUUCCUCGGUCGAGACCUCCCGGACGAUACGUGCCCGAAUACGACAUUCGUGGCCCUGACCCGCGCACGCGAACAGCUCGUCGUGGUGCAUCAUGAGCGAAACGGCCCCAUGCCUUUUAUGAAUGUUGAGGAGCCUCACAAGACUGCCGACUUCAUCAGUCUCAAAGGUGAAGAGUCGAUGCCAGAACCGGUUCCUCCAGGCCGUCCGUUGCAAUUAGGUCUGCUUCUCCCAGUCAGUGCCUACGCAUCAGACAUGUCUCGUCACAUCCUCGAUGAAGUGAUUGAAAGCAUAUGUGCAAAACAUCUCCAGAUUCACCAAGUCCAGCCACGCCUUCCGGAUAGCUUACAUAUCGAUGCUCCAUCGACAGUCGUCACAAACUCCAUUAAGAAGCACCAUGAGGCUGUCAGCGACUUGAACGGACUUGCCGUAGUUGCAGCGUACGAGCACGCCUUAUUGGGUACUCUUACCACCCUUGCAGUAACGAAGAAAUCGUCACUGCAACAUUCUUUCCCACUUGGUACUGAAGCACAGGCUAUAUGGCUCUGUCGUGAAGCAUGCAGAUAUGAUGCGAAAGUCUCAGGGUACAGGUCCCGAUAUCUACAAAUGAAGGGACAUCCAUUCAACUGGCUUGAUGCUUUCCUCGAUGCAGCUAGGACACGACUAGAAGCUCAAUUCCCCAGAGCAGACAUGCUGCAGUUUGAAGUCAAAUUGGAAGAAGAGGAAUUUCGUAUGGCUAAUCCCUUGGGAGGCGAAGACCAGACUACCUCUGUACGGGGACGGGCGGAUAUCAUUCGUUAUGAGAAAGCUCCAAGUACUUCGCUGCCGAGGCCGACGCGAAAGAAGAAAAAACGAGGUAAAGAUGAAAUAGAUCUGGACUACGUCUCAAUCUGGGAGAUCAAGUUUGUUGCUCAGCUAUCGCUCCAGCAUGCAAUACAGGCGUGCGUCUACGCCCAUCUAUGGAUCCAUAAGCACAAUCGACCAAUACCUCCGCGAAUCAUCUUAUUCAAUGUUCGCGAUGGAGAGAAGUGGGAGAUUGUACCCAGGGACGGUGUUGCAAGUCUACGAAGGGUGGUGGAGGAAACUCUGAUUGCCAAGUACUCGACAAAUGACAUGCUGACAACGGACGAAUUCUUGAAGAAAUGCGCAAAGACCAAAGCAGAGGUUGAGAGAAGUUUUGGAAGGAAAGAGAGAGAGAGAGAGAGAAUUCGUAUUGCCAUUACGAUCUUGGGCGAUGGGUAUUUCGCCGAGCCUGUUUGCGACGGCUGCCCACAGGCAUGUCCACACAUCUCAAUGCGCCCUCCCCUCCCCCCUUCAGGAGACCUUCUUGGCUCAUCCUUUAUAAUCGCCGGCGCGCACGCCUGGCCGCCAACGGGAGAGGCGGGUCAGCAUCGACAAAGAGGCACUGCACCCCGCCAUCAGCACAACUCUCCAAAGUUCAAACACAAAGCAGAGCAAGCGCGACGAUUCGGCUGCAUUGUCUCGAUGUGGCCGCAAGGAAGCCGUCAAUUGUCGCUCGUAAUUACUCGGCCAUCCUUCUCUUCCCUGCCAGUAGGUAUUGCUGAGAUCGUUCUGCCAGUGCGCACAGGCCCACCAAGCGCGCUCUGGUGUUUCAUCCUCCUUUCACUCAUUUUUGCCCUUGGCAGCAAGUUGCAACACCAGCAAUGUGCCCCGUCACACUCCAAAUGUCUUGUCUUGUUAGACAGCGAUCGAGGUCCACCCACUGAGGCUGUGUUCGGCAGCGGCGAAGACAAUGAACGCGUGUGCACAUCGCCCGUCAGCCCUCCUCAAAGGCGCUCGCCCGCCAGUCGUUGGCGUUGUCGCCCCCUGACCAAGGCUGGGCGCGGCACUCUCAAAUUCACGAUCCAUCUUGGCCUCUUGGUCCUCCGCCGAAGUGGCCAUACUCCCAGCCUAUGCCAACCUUCGUCGACUUGGCUUCAGACCGGCGAUGGGGGUUGGCAGGUCCCACCGUGUUAG